AUGGCCGAAAACGCCCGCUUUGGGAGUGUCGUCCAUUUUCUCUUUACGGUGAUCGAUACGCGGGGGCGCCCGGUGCUUUCAACGAUCGUGGGACUCUGGUCACGAUAUGUUGGAGCUUGGCAGGUGCGCCUCCUCUCAUCGCACCCAGAAUGCGCCAGCGCCAACACCAUGUACACGCAUCAUAUACACUCUGCAAGCUCUCCGUUGAUAUCCACACCGGUAUGCUCACGGCUCGAGAAAUUGUGCGUGGACAUGCUUGGUUCUGCAGCCAAUGACUUCAAACUGGAGGGGCUCGAAGUGCCCGCCAGAUCCCCCAUCUCGCGCUAUUUGGAUGAUCCCCUCUCUCCUCCAGCCGAGCUGGAUGGCGUGCCCCCCAGCAACAUGACCGUAAAAUCCUUUGGGACUGCCAUUAUUGGUCUUCAGCCUCGUAGCAACUGUACUGGUUCAUGGAGUGCAGGGGAUGUCAACUGCCGCCCGUCGCCGGUCACCACCUCCCACGUCUUGUUGCCCUUCCCCUGUGGGGCGCCCACGCCAUGGCGCGCAUCGGAGAGCCUAGCCAAUAUUUUUUUAUUGCAUGCCAGUUGCGAGGCAGGAACAUGCUUGCGACCAAUCGUCUCGAGCGGCCCCGACGCAGAAAGCCUGGUAGACGUGGACGCCGGCUUUUCCUGGAUGUACUGGGUUCGAGACCAUGCUGGAAUCGGUACUUGCAACCUGCAAAGCGGCGAUGAUGUUCAGCUGUUGGAUUAUCAUGCAUUUGUUGAGCGGAAGCUCGAAAGCCACCAAAUCUACAACAUCCUUCCAACUUCCUCCACCGAUGCUGACAACCUGCUGGUGACCGACGAAGUGACUUAUGUCGCCUUUGUCUCGGCCAUCUCAUAUCGUGUCGGGGCCAACUAUAGCAUUGACACUUUGGCUACGUCGACGGUGGCAGCUGGCGAUGCGCAAGUUUUGGCCACGAUCCAAUCCCAGCCCAAAGACUUCCUUUUCGGCACACACAUGGACGCGCUUGACGGCUCUUUUGUCUUCAACAUUGUGAAUCGGCACGGGGCCAUAGCUCCUGGUCCUUCCCUUGCUUGCCAGUUUCACGUCUACUCGUUCUUCAAUUUGCAGUGCUUUGCCGCCACAUCCACCAUCGAGUCAGUUGCGAUGGUUUCACCUGAGACGGUGGUGAUGGGCAUGCCGUAUGCUGAUACCCCCAGCUCCGAGCGUGUAGGUCGCGUGGUGGCGUGGUCUACGCUUGCAAACAAUGCCACCACGAUUGCAUACGACUACUACACCCGCACUCGUGGUCUUCAGUAUGGCACCACUCUCUCAGCAGGACCGGUCACAAACGAAACAGUGUGUUUGUUGGCCGGUGCUGCAGGUAUCGGCGGGCAAUUUUACAACUGUUACACACUGCCCAGCUGGACGCGCGUCGACGGGCAAGCUGAUGUGCAGCUGACCGGACCUUUGCGCCACUUGGCGAGCAGAAGCGUUGUGAGUUACGGCAACAGCCUCUUUCUUGAACUCGACAACCUGACCACAGGCCACCCGAGCCUCGGUAUCUAUGGCACCUCUGAACGCAAUCUCAGCUCCACUAGCGCCACUCAGUUCAGCACAAUUCUGGCGGGUUGCGAGUUACCUCGCACACAGCUUCGCAAUCAUGUCUGGGUACCAUGCCGUGAUGCAGCAAGCAACGUGACCACUAUGCGCGAGAUCGAUGCCGACGGUCAGGUCACAGGUCGUGUGGCUUCCUGGUCGCAUGGUCGUUGGACUCCGGUUGUGCGAAGUUUAAGCGGGUCCGAUAUCAUUCUGCUUCAUUAUCGUUCAUUGAACCUGUCCAUUGUUUGGUCCACACCCAAGAGCAGUACGCUUGCUGUUCUGGCCUCAAUUCACCUCGAGACAGCCCCACUGUUGUGGGGUGCUACCGCUCGUUUGGAGUUGGACCAGCUGCGUCCUGUAGCCCAUGCUACUGGCAUCUUUUGUGGUGUUGGUGCAGUCAAUCUGACCUUGCACUCGAGGUCGGGGAGUGUUGACGGCCACGUUUAUGAGGCCGAUGAUGCAUGGGGUACCAACGCACAGCUUCGAGAAACCCUCAGUAUUGACGAGGCAGAUUCAAGCAGCAUUCUGAUCUGGCCGAUGGAGGGUGGGGUUCGUCACCUUCACCUCGUCGUACAGUCGAGCAGUGGGUACACUGCCGAGGUGGACGCGAACUUGGCGUGCUCUCCUGAAAUCAACCCAGCAACAAACACCAUACGCCGUCCCAGUGUGAAAGAGGGACUCACUCAUUGGUGGUGGACUGGGGCGACGGAAGUUGCUCUGUCAGCAACCGCGGGCCUGCCGCUGUGGCGAACGUCUCCGUCCCUGCCUUGGCGCUACAUGCGCUUCAACUUGCUUCGGUUCUUCCAAUCGGUCAGCUUGUCCGAAGUGCAAUUUGUGGGUCAAGCGUGGGUGGCCCAUGCGCGCCUGAUCUUUCUCUUGGGCCGAUAUGAGCCUCUUGGUUCACCUGCCGUGCAGUCGGUGCUGUUUCGAGCCUGGCAGUCGGAUUAUGGAUGGCUGGUGGUGGAAAUGACCAGCCUGGGUUCUACAAGCGCGAGUCGUGCCGCAGUGAUGCCUAUGACGAUUCCUUCGGAUGUGCUGCAGCCCGUGACUUUGGCGCUUCAAUACAACGCGCAAAUCACCGUGUAUCGCGCGACGCAUGAUGGACAAAGCCUUGAAGUGCGCGGCACGUUCGCAACCAACGGGCUAUCUUUGGUCAGCCAGGACGUAAGUUCAGGUUUUGUGGCGCUCAGCAGUGAUGCCGUGGGUGGUCGUCUACGCGUGCAGUUCGUCAACUUGACGUGGCCCAACGCAAGUACCACAUACAAUCUGAGCGCCGAUGCGCAGCUAGUGCUGGGAACUUUUACACUCAACUCCACCUUGAGUGGCAUUGCUAUGAUGCUGGCUAGCAUUGGAGACGACGGCGUCGGCCGCAUCACAGUAACACUGCAAGACGCCCCUUCGGGGUUGGUUCAUCUGACGUCCACAGUGCCAGGCUACUAUCGAGGUGCAACCAUGCUGAACGAUGGUGCCUAUGUGUUGGUUCAACCAUCAAACCUGAUUCCCUUACUUUUGGUCUAUGAAAUAUCUCUGCUGCGUCCGACUCGUGUUGUUCACGCUCUUGCCCAGUCGCUUACAAGCACCCAGUUGCAUGCCACGCCCAAUGGGGGCCUCACACUCAAAGGCACGCCAUCUCAAGGUGGCCUCGUCUGCCAGAUUAUCGACCCGCUGCCAAGUGAGAGCCCGGCCUUUGCCACAUUGCCAUGUACCCAGGGGUUUAUGACUGCCAGUGUUUUCCCGCAAUUGUUGAUGCUCGAACAGCCGCAAACCUUUACAUUCUGCUCGAACAGCCUUGCCACGGAAUUGCUUUUGAGCACCAUUGGCGUGUCUGUCUUGCGAUUUGCUCCGAGCGAGUCAUCGCCAGGUUUCUGGGGUGCUGAAUUGGUGUGCCUUGCACUCAGCGGGGCCUACGAAUACAUUGAUCUCGGUUGUGAUGGCUCAGCCUGUGAGGUGGAGUUGCCGCUUUGCGUGGGCAGCACAAAAGGCGUGCAUAUCUGGGGUCCAGCACAAGAGUGGUCUUUAACGGUGACCUCGCUGUACUCUCCCUGCAAGGAACAGUCAACGUGGUCUGCAAUGCCAGAACCUUCGUCAAAUUGCAGCCUACUACUGGAAGACCUUGAUGGAACUACGACUCGGUUUUGUCACGUCAACAAUACAGCUGUGGGUAUUGAACACGCCUCUCUUGUAUUGCCAGGCAGCGUGCACAACCUGGCAAGCGAGACAACAUCGCAUGCUUGUGCUGCUGUUUGGCAUGACCUGGCUUACUUGGCCGUCAGCAACGCGGGCACUCAGCUCCAACUGCAUCGUAUUGCUCUCGACGGUCGCACUACCACCACAACUAGCUUCCGCGCAGCCUUUGACUGUCUCAAAUGCACGCUUCUGCCCGCCGAUGCCAACGUAUUUUUCUUUCUAUGCCACACGGCUCUUGUCGGGCGCAGCAUCAUGUGGGAAUUGCAUUGGUGGAGCAAUGAGACCACCCAGGUGAUCUUCCGUGAAACCAAUGUCGCCCAAGCUGUGUUGGAUGCAGAGCGUCUCCUUGUUGUGUUGCAGAAUUUGGAUGGAUCGACGGCAGUGCAUGUAGGGUUGUUUCGCGAGACGGCCGGACCGAGCCGUGUCAGCCUAGGACCUUCGUUGCGGAACGAAACACUGCUUCCCAUUGCGGAACUCAGAUCAGGGCAACUGUACACGACCAGCUGGAAUGUCGUAUCUCAAACGUAUCAAGUCAUGCAGUGGCAUAUCGAUGCCAACUGGGACUUGGAGUUUACAGCCUCCUGGAGUACGGGGCCACUGCGCCCGACUGCUAUGGUGGUCAGUGCAAAUCACGUGUUUGUAAUGGCACAUGACACUUUAUUGGCAUUUCCAUUAUCUGAAACAGCGACCAGCUGCUUGGGCCUGACUGUUCCUGAUUUUGUGCUUAGCCUGCGUACCGCGGGUGCUGCUCUCGUUGUUGAAACCAAUGGUACCACGUCUGCUUGGCGUGUGCCAGCGUUGCCCAGCACUAUGAAUGGGAUCAAUGUGUCCUGCACCGUAAAUUUGACCGGCGAUGGGGCAACGUACAAUCAUGAUGGCGGAUCUGUCACGUUGUGCUUGCCCAACCUUUGUGCUGCGCUGCGCCUGACCUUGCUCUUUGAUCAACCGCCGGGCGAUUUCGAAGUGCGAGUUGCUCUGGAGACCGAGGGCUCAUCUGCUCGGUUCUGGCCCAGUGGUGCAUCGACCUUCACUGGCAAUAUGCUGAUCCCCACCAACGCUCGAUCUUUAGCCAUGGCGCACGUGUAUAACCCUUAUCGCUAUCCGUUUCACAUCUUGCGCUCCGAUCGCGCGGUUCAUGAGACUACCUGCAAUACCCAGCCAUGGUCGCGUCGUACGCAGUGCUCCUUGUGCACGGCUGCAAAGCUUGACUUGUUUGAGCAGUUUGAUUGUCAGCUUGAGAGCGCCACAUGCCGACUUGUUUCCACAACUGGGCAUGCGUCUCAAGGGCGCUUCAACUUUAUUGAUUCUACCACCACAGUCCGGGUAGAGGCCAGUGAGCCCAGCGUUACACUCUAUCCGCUGUCUGAUGCGUUGCAUGUUCACGCCCUGCCCCUGCUGCUGCCAGAGGGUUGCUAUUCAACUGCGCCCGUGCUCUUCGUACCGGGAUUUACGAGCACAGAGUAUAUCAGCGUUUUCACCGUCGAUGCGGUGGGGGCUGUGAGGCUGAGGGUGAAUGAUCUGGCCGUCAAUCUGGUUUGCAACACCAGUCGCCUUAGCGCGGCGAAACUCAUGUUUUAUCCAGGAGGGGCUGCCGAGUCUGCUAGCGGCACCCUGCUUGAGAUGACCACUACGGCCGCCCACGCUGAUGCUCAGCUUGGAACGUGCUUGCCGCCAGUGAAUGCCACAUCCACAUCACAUCGCUACAUAGGCGCUGAAUUCCUGGCCGUAGCUGAUAUAGAGCCUGCCAAAUUUGGAGUGUGGGUAUUGUCGUACCUGUUGAGCUUCGAUGGAUCUAUCACGUCUGUUGAAGUUCGCAGCGAUGACAAUCAGCUCCUGGCAUUUGGGCAAGACUCAGGGACUGGCACUGUUCGGCUUGAGGUUUUAUUUGACUCGGACACCACAUCAAGUUUUACCUUUUAUACUCGUGGGGUAGGCACGCUUGUACUCACGCCAAUCAGCGAACAACAAGUUUUAUCCUAUGGUCCCACUCGCUUUUGUGACUGCUUUGCCUACCCAUCUUGCGAUCUUGAUGAGCAUCUGUUGCUUGAUGUCAUCAACUCUUCGGGCUCCUGCGAGACUUGUGCGGCUGGCUCUUUAGUCGACAUGGGUGUCGGUUUGAGCUGCACUGUGCCUUGGAGUGAACAGGCUUACGCUUUGCCAACCGACGGCACCCUCUUGGACUUGAACAUGGGUAUCCUAUCCUCACCCAUCGCUCUGUUGCAUAUUGGCUCGUGGCCGCAGUUGCGCAUUCUUUCGAAUGCUGCUGCGCCCCCGAGCCUUGAUUUGCAUCUGCAAGGUAGCAACUUUCAAGGGCAAAUCUUGAGCACGUCUGAGUAUUUGGUGGUGUGGUUGCGAAGUGAUAAAGCGACCGGGCUUUAUUUCUUGACAGUCAAUGAGACUCAUAUUCAGUACGGCAAAGACCGCAGUGACCUGGACAGCCCCGAUCAGGCACGGCGAUUUGAUGCGUCCUCCAACGCCGUCUAUAUCUCAAUCACACGGAGCGUCCAGACGGCAUUUUGCAUCCUUCCUACUCCCGGAAAUGCACUGGUCCCAGAUUACAAUUGUGUUUUGACGGAUGUGGCAAGCGACGUGUACGUGGCUCCCGGGACUGAUCUUGUGCUGUUGGUGAAUCAACAGGAGGUUCUUGUCCUCAAUUGUUCAGUUGCACCCUUGUUAUGCUGGCAGCGUCUCGCUCUUUCGCUGCCUCCGUCUACACCAAACAUCACGACAGCAGCGCUGUCGACGCAGUAUGCCGUGGUGGCGUGCACCGAUAUGCGUGCCGCAGUGCCAGCUGCCGUGCUCAUCGUCUCUGCGCUGCAGGGGUCGGGGACUCAAGACCCCGAGCCCGGCGCCUUUGCCCUCACAGGCUGCCAGUCUGUAUCAAGCGUGCGGUUUUACGAGCACCUGCCUACGCAAGCGGUUGUGGCUUGCCAAACAGGCCCGGGAAGCGUGGGGGUGUUUCAUCUGGAUUUGUCCACACAUGCGCGAACACCGUGGUUGUGGAUGCAAAACACAUCAAGACUCUGGCUGCCCUCGUCUGCCUAUGUCCUUUCUGACGGACAUCAUAUCUACACCUUUCAAAACAAUACAUGGCUGCAGGCAAUGAAUACCACGGCCUUGCAGGAUGCUGCUGACAAAGGCACCGUGAUGUAUUCCAGGCGGAUAUUUUUAGGGGAGGUGACAACGACCAGCACAAGAGCGGCUACGUCCUCGGUAGCCGUGACCUCCCCACCAGUGCAGAGCACGCGUGCGAAGAGUGUAUCCACGCCUUUAUCUGUGGACGCGUCCUCUUCCGACUCUGCCAAUGGAGUGAUCAUCGGGGCCGCUGUGGCUGGGGUGGCCCUUGUGCUUAUCAUCGUACUGCUAAUGCUCAAGUUUCGACGCCGCAUCAAGCCGCUCCACAGCAGUGGCGCAAGCGGUCCGGCGUGUCACCGAUCGCUUCUCGAACUGCAGAUGUCCGACGUCAAGGCCGUCAUGAUGGAGGUGGCGCUGAUGAAUCACGUUUGCCAGCACCCCAACAUUGUGGGGAUUGAGGCCGUGGUUCACGACACGUGCGUCCUUCAUGCGCAUAGCCACCCCACCACCUAG